AUGUCUCUAUCGGCGAGUUUUUGGCAGCGAUUCAAUGAGCCGAUCAUUGCCCUCAUCCUUUCGUCUGUCCUAUUUGCGCUCUACGUCAGCAUCGAUUCGUACACGGAGUUUCAAGACUGGCAAACUGGUGUUGACAACCACAGUGAUUUGAGCGCGAACGAGACCGAACAGCUUACAAUCACCCUCGAAUACGCCUUUCUCGCGGUUAGCUUUUUGCCAUGCCUACUGGCCGCAUCGGAGAAUGGGAAUAAGCUUAUCUACGUUCUACUCUACAUCAUCUCUUUUCCCUGCAAUCCAGAGUUUUCCUCGCUCAAGUGCUCGACUGGACUGCAGAAUGCGACCGCGGCUCCUUUCAGCUUUGUCGAUGAUUAUGGUCUCUACGAUAUUGCUCAAUAUUGCCAAUUCUUCAUCUCGUUAAGG